AGAAAAGGCACAAAUUAGGGAGGAAAGUAGUGCCGCAACAAAAAUUGAUUCUGUUGCAUUCAUAAACAAGUUUCAGUUUUUGUUUCCACCAGUUUAACGCUCGCAACAAUGGCGUCAGUAGCUGCUGCUAAAGUAACCCCAUAUUCCAUUACAACGGCUAAUCCGAAAAAAUAUCUAUUUUCCCACAAAUUCUCCAUAAAAGUCUCUUUUUGCCCAGACUCGCCGAGCCCAAGACUCGUCGCAGUUAAUUCCAACAACCCGAAUCUCGAUUCCGUCAAUUCUGUUUCCGGGUUUGGAUCGGGGCCAGGAAGCGCGGAAAGUUCGCAUGAGUUUCCGUCUCCUUGCGCUGCCAUUGAUUUUCUCACAUUGUGUCAUCGCUUGAAGUCUACGAAACGGAAAGGAUGGCUGAAUCAUGGCAUAAAGGGUCCUGAAUCAAUAGCUGAUCACAUGUAUCGUAUGUCAUUGAUGGCUUUGAUUGCUGAUGAUGCUCCUGGUGUCAACAGGGAACGGUGUAUCAAGAUAGCAAUCGUUCAUGAUAUUGCAGAAGCCAUUGUUGGAGAUAUAACCCCAUCUGAUGGUGUGCCAAAGCAUGAAAAGAGUAGAAUGGAGCAAGAGGCAUUAGAUGAAAUGUGCAAGGUUCUUGGUGGCGGGAUGAGGGCUGAAGAAAUACAAGAACUAUGGCAAGAGUACGAAACCAACUCAUCUUUAGAGGCCAACCUUGUGAAAGAUUUUGAUAAAGUUGAAAUGAUUCUACAGGCGUUAGAGUACGAAACAGCAGAGCAUGGGAAGAUAUUGGACGAAUUCUUUCUGUCAACUGCAGGAAAAUUUCAAACUGAAAUCGGGAAAAGAUGGGCAGCCGAAAUCAUUUCCAGAAGAAAUUCGAGAUGAACAAAUAGGCCUAACUAGGCCCUUAAUCCAUCUCGCUGGACUAGCUAUCAAUUAAGUUUAGUCAUCUUAUAUUUCUGUCGUCAUCCUCGGCCGUUCCUGACAAGGAGCAACGCCGUGGAAGACUGAGCAGAAAUCGCGUAUUUUAACGAGUUCCUUCUUUCCCUGAGAGACGACCUUGUUUUAGUAGUUUUAAUAAUGCAGUGAUACUUACUUCUCUUGUAGGUUAUUAUUAUGCGUAAGAAAAAGCAGUACUUUUUGUGAAUUAUCAAUAAUAAGUCGAAUCCUCGUUUUUAUUA